CGCAGAUCAUUUUUAAACUAAUAAACCUCGCCCACAUGAUAUCCAUAAGUGGGUCGAUUCCAUGUAAACAGUUGGUAGAGCACGGGACCUUGUCCCCUCCGGAGUUGAAUAUCCCACCGACGAUGAAUACCCCUUUUCACUCCCACUCACGGAACGAAGGAAGGAAGGAAGGAACGCAUUAUUAUUAUUCCACACAAACAUCGCUGCACCACAGUCCACCACUCACUUUCUCACUCACAUCGAAUAUGUAAACUCUCUCCACCUUCUCUAUUUCUCUCGAAUCUUCAUCAUCAUCAUCGCUUUUCUUCACCCCUAACACAUCCGUACCUUCCACGGCAAUGGAUUCGAUUGUCUUCUUCGAUCCUCUCGCCCUCGCUCGCUUUCCCGCCGCACAUCGCCGCCGCCACCACCACCACCACCACCACCACCGCCGUCAUCAUCACUUUCAGUUACCUUUAACCCUCACGCAUCAAAAACUCCUCCAGCUGCACCGACGACCUUCUCGCAUCUCUCGCCGACGGUUCGGCGAUCUCGUUGCUUCCGCCGCCGACUCCGGCAUGAGCAAUUCCUCGCCGCCAAGGGGUGGGGUUUACACAGUCGGUGAUUUUAUGACAAAGAAGGAAGACUUACAUGUUGUGAAAACCACGACAACUGUUGAUGAAGCUCUCGAGACUCUUGUGGAUAAAAGAAUUACCGGCUUUCCUGUGAUUGAUGAUGAUUGGAAAUUGGUUGGUGUUGUUUCAGACUAUGACUUGUUAGCACUCGACUCUAUCUCAGGUGGUGGUCAAGCAGAUGUAAACCUGUUUCCUGAUGUUGAUAGCUCCUGGAAAGUACGUAAGAGAACUCCUCUAUGAUUGCUCAUGCUCUCA